AUGUCAAACAAGGUAUUAAUGAUUGAUGGUGAUCGUAUCAGUGGUAAUGAAGUUAGAGCACAAAAUGUUUUAGCAGUUACAGCAAUUGCAAAUAUAGUUAAAACAUCAUUUGGACCAAUUGGUUUAGAUAAAAUGUUAAUUGAUAAUAUUGGAUCAAUUGUUGUUACCAAUGAUGGUGCAACCAUUUUACAAAAGAUUGAUAUAGAACAUCCAGCAGCAAAGAUUUUAGUACAAUUAUCAGAAUUGCAAGAUCAAGAAGUUGGUGAUGGUACAACUACAGUUGUAAUUUUAGCAGCAGAAUUAUUGAAACGUGCCAAUGAAUUGGUAGCACGUAAAGUACAUCCAACAGUUAUUAUUAGUGGUUUUAGAUUAGCAUGUACAGAAGCAAUCAAAUAUAUCAACGAAACAUUAGCAGUUAAAGUUGAAACCUUACCAAAGGAUUUCAUUGUAAACAUUGCCAAGACAUCAAUGUCAUCAAAGACCAUCAAUGACGAUAGUGAUUUCUUUUCAAAGAUUGUCAUUGAGGCAAUCACUCGUGUGAAAACCAUCGAUUACAAAGGUGACGUAAAAUAUCCAAUCAAUGCCAUCAACAUUUUGAAAGCCCACGGAAAGAGUGCAAAAGAGAGUACCCUCGUCGAAGGUUAUGCCCUCAAUUGUACAGUCGCUUCCGAAGGUAUGCCAAAACGUAUUCAAGGUGCUAAAAUCGCAUUUUUAGAUUUCAAUUUAGCAAAGACCAAAAUGAAAUUGGGUCAAAAGGUUGUCGUAACCAAUGUAAAUGAUCUCGAAGCAAUCAGAGAUAGAGAGAAUGACAUUGUAAAGGAACGUAUCUCACUUAUCAUUAAAUCUGGUGCAAAUGUUGUACUCACCACCAAAGGUAUCGAUGAUUUAUGUUUGAAAUACUUUGUUGAAGCUGGUUGUAUGGCCGUUCGUCGUUGUAAAAAAGAAGAUCUUAAACGUAUCGCCAAAUCAUGUGGUGGUACAGUCUUAAUCACACUUGCAAAUCUCGAGGGUGAAGAAUCAUUUGAUACCACCGCCUUGGGUAUUGCCGAUGAAGUUGUUCAAGAUAGAUUGGCCGAUGAUGAAUUAAUCAUUGUCAAAAACUCAAAUAAGAAAUCAGCUUCAAUCAUUCUUCGUGGUGCCAAUGAAUUAAUGUUGGAUGAAAUGGAACGUUCCAUUCAUGACUCUCUCUGUAUCGUAAAGAGAACUUUAGAAUCUGGAACCAUUGUUCCAGGUGGUGGUGCAGUUGAAUCUGCCCUCUCUAUCUAUCUCGAUAAUAUUGCCGCCACAAUGGGUAGUCGUAAACAAUUAGCAAUCUCUGAAUUUGCUGAAUCCCUCUUGGUUGUACCAAAACAAUUGGCUGUAAAUGCUGCUCUUGAUGCCUCUGAUUUAGUUUCAAAAUUAAAAGCCUAUCAUCAUGCCGCUCAAACUGAUCCAUCAAAGAAAUCUUACGCAUACUCUGGUCUCGAUUUAUUCAAUAACAAAGUUAGAAAUAAUUUAGAGGCUGGUGUUUUAGAACCUGCCAUUGCCAAAAUCAAAUGUAUCAAAUUUGCAACUGAAAGCGCUAUCACCAUCCUUCGUAUCGAUGAUAAAAUCACUCUUAAUCCAAGAGAACAACAAGGUGGUGAUCAUGAAGGUCAUGGACAUUAA